GCAACCUAGACACUGCGGUUACCUGGCCAGGGCCGGCCACCUGGAAUGGUUUAGCCUGUCGGUUUCUUGGCAAGCGCUGAACACAAUGUCAACAAACCGGUUCCCACAGUCCCGCACAUCAGAUUCCUUCCCGCCAUCGGCUUGCCUGCCAUCUGGUGUCGCGGAACGGGCCAAGUCUGCGUUGCUUUACCGAUCCCGCCCGCCAGUCGCCGAGGGUGGUUCAACAAAAAAAUCUGUGUCUAGAACGAAACCACACUUAAACAUUCCGUAUUUUACCUUCUCACUUUUAAUCACCUCAGCUCUACUCGUACCAAGGUACGUAAUUAUCAAGCCGGCAGCCCCCAUCAUCCCGUCAGCAGCAACUAGCGACAUUUGAGCCUCGUCCUUCCCAUCUGCUCCGCCGUUUCCCUAGGUCGCUGCACGUUGCUGCACAAGAGACGCCAGGCUCCACGCGUAAUUGGCGGCCCCAUCAAGCACCGCCAGCACAUCAAGCAAUCCCGCCCGCUCCUGGCCACAACAAACCCUCCCAUAGGUCU